GCCUGUAUGGCCGGUAAUUCGUAAGCCGCAGUGUAAUUGGUCGAUUGCUGUUUUGAGAAGGGGAUUCAUUGAGUAAUUCCAAUUUCCAAAGAACGAACAGUCAGCCAGAAUCUCUUUGAAGCAGCAACCGUUUAAUUUAGGGGGUGGCGUCUGUGUGACUGUUGCGUUUGCGAGGUUGUGCGUGCACGAAUUACUGGGGAAGUGGCACACAUUCGGAACCCGGUGCUCAGAUAUGCUGUCGAAAGCCUGUGCCGCUCGAGCUCGUUGUGGGGUAGACUCGGUUAAUAAACAGUCACAUUGACUAGAUAAGUACUGACCCAUUACAAACGGAAAGGACUGAAGUAGGCUAAUCACGUCGCGCUCGGAAAAAGCAUCAAUUUCUGAGAGUGGGUUUUUUUUAAAUCAUUAUUUUUACCAGGAUGAACAGAGCUGUAGCCGCCUGCUGGACGUUCGUACUGCUGUCGGCCUUCUUCUGCGAGACGGUGAUGUCGAAGGGCGGGCGGGGCGGGGCGCGGGGCGCGGCGCGGGGGAGCGCCCGCGGAUCGCGCACGCGGUUCAAGGCGCCGCGGCGCUACAGCUCGUCCCCGGGGAGGGUCGCCGGCGUCGCCGCGGCCGGAGCCGCCGCCGGGAUGGCCGCCGGGGCGUGGUACGGGUCGUCCUCGUCCUCGUCGUUCCGCUCGGAGGGCGGGAACAGGACGGACGGCGACUUCUACAGCUACAGGACGUCGGGCUCCGCCCCGCGCGGGACGGCCCUCCUGCCGUUCCUCUCCCUGUUCGGUUCCGUCGGCUCGCUCACGUGCUUCGGCCUCUGAUUUGCGCCGGCGCGCCUGGCUCAGGAGAAAAGUGAUACUUUACUUCAGGGCCGGACGACGUGCAACUCGAAUGCCACACAACACGUCGCCACACGGUGGCAGUCGUAUUCAGCAACGUUCAAAAUCAUCUGUUGCAACUGAAAUAAGCAAAGAGCAUAUCAUUGGCAUAGAGCGGUGUUGCUCUGAACUUUUGUUGUGGUAAAUUGUUCUGAAUGAUUCUGAAUGCAGUUAUGCCAUUAGAUAAUGUAAUGGUGUCCGGUACCUACAAUGGUGUGUGCACAAGAGGCCCUGAUGUAAAGUAUUACUGAACAGCUAACUGUAUUGAUUUUUAUAAGUUAUAGUUUAGCAAAGUGCAGUGCAAAAUAAGUGUUAUUAAGGUAAAAUGGCUGUUAUCAAAACCACUGUUAAUUCCACACAAACAGGCUAUAUUAUUACAUAAGCUAUUACUCUACAAUGUAAAAAACAAUCAUUCCCCACUCUUCUGAUUUCCUAUGGGGUCCCACAAAAUGGUCGAUUCAUUUAAUACUUAUAACCAAUGCACUGCAUAAUUUACAUCCAGCAAACUGCAAAAUGUGGUCAUACAAUGCCCUUUAUUAGCAAAAACAGUGUUUAACUUGCUUAAUGUCUAUUUAAAAAAAAAUGUAUUAUGCAUUGGUAAAAUAAUGCAUUGGUGCCAAUUUAUACGUCAUUCCAUGGUGAAAUGCCGAAUAUAUUGAUUACACAGGGAAUAUGGAAGAACAAUCUC